AAUCUCUCAUCGAAUGUAAUUCAUACAUGCUGGAGAAAUUGAUCGGAUGUGACGUCACGCUAAUCGUUGGUAAGAACCAAGAAGCAAUACAGGCACAUUCAUACGUUCUCAGUUCGCGCAGCGCAAAGUUUGCAGAUAUUCUAGCGGCCGAGAAACAACUUGAAAGGAAACUGGCUGUCAUCCCUGAUGUUAAACUGGACACUUUCAAGCUUCUGCUGAGAUAUUUGUAUACUGAUGACAUAGAGCUAUCAGUAGACAGGGCAACAGCUCUUAUUCCAGUUACGUCUACAUACGGACCCACGACUCUGAAGACGUCCUGUUUCAGCUUUUUAUUGUCUGCAAUGAACGCCGAUAACGUCUGCGUCACAUUGGAGCAUGCGCACACAUACUGUGAAAGAAGCGUGUACGAUCGUUGCAUGCAGUUCAUUUUCGUAAAUGCAGUAGAUGUUUUGAAGUCUCCGAAAUUUGAAGAGUUAUGUCGAGAGUGUGUAGAAGACAUUGUAAAAUCUGACGAUCUGAAUGCGAAGGAAUUUCUCAUCUUUGAAGCACUCACACUGUGGGCCAGUCGUAAAUGUUCGCAAAAACGUCUUCAGCCAACGGAUGUAAACAAACGAAAGGCUCUUGGUAAGUUAAUAUUUCAUAUACGGUUCGCUACCAUGGAUGUGCUUGAAUUUACCCAGAAAAUUUCACACAGUGAGAUUUUAAAUCGGGAAGAAAAAAUAUCAUUAUUUCAGUUCUUCCACGGUGAAACGCACACAUUACCUUCUCAGUUCAAUAAAAGAAACAGACAUGAAUAUGUCGUCAAUCAGGAUCUUAUCACGAGGGCAUUAGGCAAAGGUAAAACAAAGGAAUAUUUGCCAGAUAUUCUACCGCAAUCUGGCUUCCCGGUGAUACCCUACACACACACAGAAAACUAUGAAGCAUACCAUCCGAUAACAAGGGUGAUACGGUUUCAAGGAGUUGAGAAAAACUGUCAAAUGGGAGGUCCAGAUGCCAUUGGAUUUCGCGUGUCCAUGCCAAUCAUUUUACGGGGAGUUCAAAUGUUUGGCCCAUCCACUGGCCAAGACUCGUACCACGUCGAUGUAGUUGUUUACGAUUGCCACGAGGAUGUUGUGCGCCACGAGAAGAAGACAAUUAUUUCAGGGAAGUCAAUACAAGUCUAUAAUAUUAUUUUGUCGUCACCAGUGCAAGUACCUGCGGGUCGGACUUUCACAGUACAGUUAACAAUUCGAGGAAAACCAACAUAUCGUGGAAUAAAUGGACUUGACUUUGUAGUAAAGGACGGUGUCAGUUUUCAGUUCUUUAAGAGCGAUAGAAGUUGGAAUGGUACGGAUACCACAAUCGGACAGAUCCCUACCAUUCUGUUCAGUAAAAUGGGAAACUAAGUUUCAGCAUGAAACUACUGGUUGGGAAGACUAAUACAUAUUAAGGUGUAGCGCUUUCCACCUUGCCAGUACAUAGCCCAUUUUCAAUCAACAUGUGCUCAUGUUAUAUUGCAAUUAUAUUCUCUCAAGAGUGUACAUGCAUUUUCACUGUUGAAUUAAUCAAGUACUAUAUGUAAAUAAUAAUUCAUUUAGUUUGUCUCACUUACAUAUAAGUCUAAUAAAAUCAGAUCUUCGUUAAAAAAACUCUCAACAUUUCUUGAUUAAUAAAUACAUUUUGAAAUUUUAACAGUGUAUGGAUGCAUAUGUGCAUCACAUUAAAUUAAAGGCUAUAUCUCUAACAAAAAAGACACUGUUUCAUGCUAGGGAUAAUUCAAAUGUAAUGAAAGUUUUAGCAUGGUGUGUUAUUAUAUUUCUGAUAUAGCAAUAGAUAUUAUAUUUUUAAAGACUAAAAUACCGAAAUGUUAAAUCUUAAAGUUUAUAAUAUUUGAACCACUGGCAUACAAUAUGUGAGACAACAUAAGAACUUACCGUUAUAGAAAAAAAGACAUUGGAUCGCUUUCGGUUACUAUAGAAAUAAAUGGGUUCAUUUCCCGCAUCUGGUAAUGGGUACACACAAAUGAUAGCAGUUAAUAUUUAUGUAUUUUGCACAUGUAUGACACUGAUUAGUUUUGCUAUCUAAUGUACCAAAAUAUGUGUCUGUCUGUCUGUCUGUUUGUCUGUCUGUCUGUGUUGGAAAGAAAACAAUAAAUAAAUACAUAACCCAGAAAUUUUGAAGUAGUUAUUCAGUCAAAUUAUUAUUAUUGAAGAUUUUAACCCCAAAGUAUAUACGUUUACUAUCAUACUAUGGGUUAUUGAAGAAAACUUAGGAUGCGAUAGUACGUCAAAACAUUUAACAUGUUUAACCGAUAUUCAAAUCUCAACAUUACCUGUUAUUCCAGCUUACUUUUAGUAUUUUUAUUCCUUGACAGAAAAUAUCCUAAACAAGUUGUUGUUAAAGCACUGAAUGGGAUAAUGUGUGUAACUCAAAGUAAUGCUUUUAUAAAAACUAUGAGAGACUACAAUAAUGUUAUACCAUUUGUUAUAGAGUACAAUCCGUCAUUACCUAAUAUAGGUAACAUAAUAAAUAAGUACACGGAUUUGUUACAUCUAUCUAAUUACCCUGCUGUUCAAGAACUGUAUAAAUGUAAGCCAUUUAUGGCAUUCAGACGUGCUAGAAAUCUUAAAGAUACAUUAGUUAAAUCAAAAUAUUUGUCUACUAAUAUACUGAGUACAUCUAGAAACGCAACACUUGGUCUACAGUCAGUAUUUUUUAACCUGACAAUUGACAAGAAAACGGCACUAACUUGAUUUUUCAUUUUGGUUUUGAUUUUGCAUGAUGGUCAGGUUUCUACACGAUUUUGCAAAACUACUACACAAACUUCAAAUAUACAUGUACAAGGAAAGCAUGAAAAAAAUCUAGGGAAGAAACGUUGCGUUUCUAGAUGUACUGAGCAUACAUAUCCACAUUUCAGGUCUAGUAACCAUUUCAGUAGUGCUGGCCAUAGUUUUUUAGUUUUAUGCCUUUCGACUGUGUUGAACCUUUUGGAUGCACAAAUUAAGUACUGCGUAUCCACAGGGUCUCAAUUGUUUUAUCACAACCUACCUAUAUGCAAAGUUUAAAGCCAAAACUUUGUACGGUUAUUACGUUAUUGAACACUAAAUACGAU